ACCCAGCAUCAUCCCGCGGUUUCCCCCGUUUCAAAGCUGCUGUUUACCCAUUGAAAAUCACUCGAAAAAGCAGCGGAUCCCGAUGGCAUGGACACUUAUGCAAGGUCUGCCGCGCUGCCGUGCUACUGGAGCCUACUUGCUGUCUCUUCAUUCAACCCAGCUCCAUCGCCAUCGCCCCGCAGCCGAGAGAGCCCUGCCGCAACGCGACCAGCGACCACCGAGCCAAAGCAGGCGGCAUGAGGCUUGAUUCAGUACAUUUAUCCAUGCUGGUCAUCGGGGUCUCAUUCGCCUGCUACUCCCCGAGUUUGAAUUCCCUGCAGGACCAGGCUUACAAAUCCGCCGUGGUGAUCGAGGGCAAGGUGCAGUCUACGCCUGUGAACGUCUCCGCGGAGCCGUACCGUGUGAAUGUCAAAGUGCUGGAUGUUUGGCCCCUAAACAGCGGGGGUCUGGAGCGAGAACAGCUCGUCACCGUAGGGGAAUUUGGAUCUGAGGCUCCGUGCACCAAAGUGAAGAAGAACCACAAGUACAUUUUUUUCAUGGACCCCACUGACGAGCCCUUGGUUUUCAAGGCAUCGUUUGCGCCUCUGGACACGAGUGCAAAGAACCUAAAAAAGGAUGUUGGGAAGAUCUUGUGUGAGGACUGCGCUGCGGCUCCAAAGUUAAAACCGAUGAAGAAUCCAAUACUAGUGGAUGAGGGAAGCAAGCUCACAGUUAAGUGUGAGGCAACAGGGAACCCUGUCCCUACCUACAGAUGGUUCAAAGAUGGCACUGAGCUGAAGAAAAGCAAAAAAGUCAAAAUAAGGAACAGCCCGAAAAACUCCAGAGUCCAGAUCAGCAGAGCAAAACUGGAGGAUUCUGGGAAUUACACAUGUGUGGUGGAGAACCUGCUGGGAAAGGACAACUCCACUGGCACUGUUAACGUCCAAAGCAUAACCACAACGCUAUCUCCAGGCUCAGGCCACGCCAGAAGAUGCAACGACACAGAGAAGACCUACUGUGUGAAUGGCGGUGACUGUUACUUCAUACAUGGUAUAAAUCAGCUCUCCUGCAAGUGUCCAAAUGACUUUACUGGUGAUCGCUGUCAAACCUACGUUAUGGCCAGUUUCUACCAGCAUCUUGGGAUUGAAUUUAUGGAGGCAGAGGAACUCUACCAGAAACGAGUCCUGACAAUCACGGGUAUUUGUGUGGCUCUGUUGGUGGUGGGCAUCGUGUGUGUGGUUGCCUACUGUAAAACCAAGAAACAAAGAAAGAAGAUGCACAAUCAUCUGCGACAAAACAUGUGUCCAGAACAUCCCAAUCGUAACAUACCUAACGGACCCAAUCACCCAGGACCAGGCCCAGAGGAAAUCCCUAUGGUAGAUUACAUACCAAAGAAUGUCCCUGCAACUGAACGAGUCAUACGGCCUGCAACAGAGGGAUCGUUCCCCACCAGCCAUGCCUCUUCCAGAUCUCACAACUCUUCCACACGAGCCCAUUCAUCAACAAACAGACAAGAGGAACGGACAUGGAGCCUGGAACAUUCUGACGGCUUCCUCUCUGACUCGCCGGGAAUUAUGUCAUCAUCCGUGGGGACCAGUAAAUGCAGCAGUCCUGCGUGCAUUGAGGCACGGGCCCGGCGCGCUGCACACUGUGGUUACUCUGACCCCCCUCGGCCGGGCCUGCAGUAUGGAGACUCCUUCGACUCGCUAGGAGACUCUCCGCACAGCGACAGAUAUGUGUCAGCCCUGACAACACCAGCCCGCCUCUCGCCAGUGGAUUUCCAUUACUCAUUGCCCUCGCAGGUGCCUACCUUCCAGAUCACAUCCCCCAAUGCCAGCCAUGCCAUGUCUCUCCCUCCUGCUGUCCACAACCCCUACCCUCUGGAGGAUGACCAGCCUCUGCUGCGCCGUUAUCAGGUGCCCCUACACGAUGCCCAAUGCCAGGAGCCCUAUCGGCAGCAGCGUCGUACCUAUCUAAAUGACAGCAGGGGCAGCCUGCCCUCCAGUCCCUACCGACUGGCUGAGGAAGAAGACUAUGAGACCACCCAGGAGUAUCUCUCCUCUCGGGAGCAACCAAAGAGAAGUGGGUCCAGUGGAACUGGUAGCCGGCGCUGGCGGAGAUCCAGACUGAAUGGCCACGUGGCCCCGCGUGGAUAUGAAGCAUCUCGGGACUAUGGGUCUCGAAGCUGCCUAACAGAUAGUGAGUCAGAGGAGGGCGGUGAGAGCACGCCCUUCCUCAGUAUGCAGAACAUGAAUGCCGAGCCCUCCACCAUCUACAGGCCGGUGGACAGUCGGACUUCUCACUCAUCGGGGCGGCACAGUGGGCAUGGGAACAUGCAUACAAGACUUACACACUCACGCUCCAAACCGGACAAUACACCCCAUUAAAGAGUGAAAAUGAACCAACAAAAAUCAAUAUAGUAUAGACCUGCAUCUAUAAGAAAUAUUUUUAUUUUAUAUAACUGACAGAUAUUCUAAACAAAUGAAAUAUUUAUUUUCAUUUUAGCAAAAGUUGUCUACUAGUUAACAGCAAAGACUUUUUUAUAGGGAAAACUCUAUUUAUAUGUACAUUUUGAUUUACAGCAUAAAAAGAUGUGCCAGUUUUUUCACAACGUAAAAAAUAGAGUAAUAUUGUGGUGCCUUUUGCUGUAUGCCGAUGCCAGAGGGCCAGUGGAGGUUUUUGUAGCCUUUCUUAUAUGGACGCCUCAUUUUUUAUACACAUUUAUGUUCUUUUUCCUCUCUGGUUUCCUGUUUUACUUUCUUUUCAAGUUGCAUUCUUUGAGGAGUCUAGCCCCACUGGAACAUCACCCCUUCCAUGUCACGCAAUAUAAACCACUUCAACAUAAAGUGUAUGUUUACAUUAAUAUGAUUCGCCUAUAGGGUUUAUGAUUUGGGAUCUAAUAGAACGCCUGAUAAAUACAGUGUAGAUCCUAUUUGCCCUGUGACUAACGUCUAACGAGAGGGAGAGAAAGUGAAAGAUUGUGUGGUUGUGUGUGUAAAUGCCUGUGUGAGUGUGUGUGACUGUGUGUGUGUGUGUGUGUGUGUGUGUGUGUGUGUGUGUGUGUGUGUGUCUGUGUGUGUGUGCGCACGCGCGUGUGCAUGUUAGUUUGCUUGCAUGUAUUUGUGAUUGUUAGAUGAAUUUCAUUGUUUGUUGUGGUAACAUCAAACGUGUGGGUCUACUGGUGUCUCAGCAGAGCUGACAGAACAGUGUCUCAGAGGUUCACAGAAUAGUGCUUUAUCAGAACAAUGACACGCCCCACCACCCCCCACCCCCACCCCCAACCCCAGUGUAGGUGAACAGGUAAUGCUGCUUUAGGGUUGUAUGUUAUGCAGGUCAUUGCUUGAUGUGUUUACAGCUAUUCUGCCCCUUUCCCAGCCUGCCCCAGUUAAGUCCCCUCCUAUUCCCCAGCAGGUUUUCCUCAUGUUAGACUAUUAUGAGACCAACAAACACUGAGCCACUUGGCACACAGUGCCCCCUGCCAUCAGAGGUGAUGGCUAAACAAAAAAGAUUGCAUCUGUUUUCACCCAAUUCAGCCCCCAAACCCAUGCCUCAUCAUACGUCUGUGUCCAUUCUGUUGUCGUGGCUCGUGUUAAAGGCCACACAGUGUCUCAGGAUUUCCACAUGCCCCCCACCCCUUUCACCUUAAACCCUGUUCACCCUCCUCCUCAACUUAAGGUCUACCUAAGACUAAGGUUCUCAGAUAAUGAAGGCCUAAAUGUUAACAUACAGUCUACCAGUUCCCUGAACACUCCCAUCCAGAGAGAAAGAAAGCCAAGCAGAAGCAGCUCAGUGAAGAAACAGUACAGAAUAUACUAGACACUAUAAAUGAAAUAGCUGUGAAACUAUGGAGGGUCAUACAAUGCAAAAAUAUGCAAACUUUCUAUUUUGCUGUUUGAUUACAUUGUUUUCUAAGAGGUGACUGUAGUGUGUUGUGUGUAAAAAAAAAACUAUGUGAUGCCUAGUGUAGAAUGAAAUAUCAUGAUAUAAAUGCAUAUUUACAUGAGUUAGUUUUUAAAGCCAUUAUGCAGCCAUCUAUCAAGUUGUCAGCCUUUCUUGUUCACAUACUCAUGUCCAUUGAAUGACUGUGUCCAUAAAUUAUGUUAUCACUUGGUUUUAGACCGCUCCACUUUACAUGCACACUUCCAAGUAAUGUCAAAUAGCAUCCAAAUAGUGUCUCCUCCAAUAGUACUGUGUACUGCUUUGUCUUGUUGACAGAAAUUGUCAUUUCAAAUUAAAUCCGUAAAUGAUGAUAAUUUCAAAAGUAAACAAAAUCAUGUAAGCCCCCUGUCCUCCACUGAAGAUAAAUAUUUAAAAGAGAAUUCAAGAAAUGUCAAGCCCAUUAAAAGUAACUCAGUGAGAGAGAACAGUUUCUGUUUCUACUCAUUGUUUUAAAAAAAACAACUGAAUGCUGAAUUAUUAGAUGAUUAAUGGUUUAAAAAAAAAAAAAACUCCUAAAAAGAUUGAUCUGCAAUUCUAACUGCUAUGUGGUAAAUGCACAGUGGUAUCGUUAUAGAGAAUGGUCUUGGUCACACCUCACUUGCAGAUAUUUCAUUGAGUUUCUCACCUCUGGGUCUAAUUUUGUAUGUCUGAAAAAUGCAAAAGAAGACAGUGCUCCUCUAGUUUAAUUGUGAUACUCCCUUCACUUUGCCUGUCCUCUCACCCAAUUGAGAUGCUACCAGGCACGUCCUACCAGUCUCUUCUGUUUAAUUUUAUGAUCCCACCCCCCACCUGACCCCACCCUCGCUUGAAAUGUUUGAACACCUCUCUUCUGCAUGUCCUUGUGGUCACGGUUAGAUGGGUGCAUGGUAAAAAAGCAGCAGACAAUUCUUUUCCAGUCAGUGAAAGUGUAUUUCAUUUAACAUUCAGCAAUAAAAAAGAACCUUUCCCCAUGUCAUUCCUGAAAUAUGCUAGAAAAAAAGAAAAAAAUGCGAGAUUGUCAUAGAUUGUAAAAUAAAAUGAAAAAUGAAUCCACCUGUUCAUAUGAGAAAAUAAAUCUUUAUUCAUAUCA